AAGUUCCAGAUCUUUCUACACCCUUCUUCUUCCUUAAGUGGUCAUGCUCCCCUCACCUCUUUAAUCCUCCCCCUCCCGAUCGCUAAACCCCAUUCUCUAAUUUUUCUAAUUUUUUCUCAUUCUUCGUUUUCCCCAAAGUUCCCUGAAAAUUUCUCUGUUUAAGCUUUCAAUCCGAAAAAAACCCACAAGUUUCAUGGAUUCCGAACCUGAGUUCGCAUCCUUUUUUGACUGGUUCACGAGGAGGGGUCGAGAUCGAGAGCUCUCUGUGCUCAUGCCCUUAAUGUUAGGUGCAGUCGCCUCCGCCGCGACACUCGACCCGGAAAACCCAGAUGGAGAAAACCCGGAAAGACGAACCCCGCGGGAGCGAAUAUUUCUCGUCGACCCUUUCAACCAACGCGUGGCGGUGAUCGGAGGCGAUUCGGACCUGGACUCGCUGCUGCAGGGGCUGGGUGGCAAGGACGGUCAGCCGCCUGCGUCGAAGGCGUCGAUCGACGCCAUGCCGAGUGUCAAGAUUGUCGAGGCGGACGUCGGGUCUGAGUGCUCGAUUUGCUUGGAGCAGUUUGAGGUCGACGGCGUGGCGAGGGAGAUGCCUUGCAAGCACAGGUUUCAUGGGGAUUGUAUAGAGACGUGGCUGAAGCUUCGUGGGUCGUGCCCGGUUUGCAGGUUUACGAUGCCGGUUGAGGAGGAGGAGGUGCGGAAGAAGGGCGGUGAAGCAGGCGGAGAGGGAACGAGGGUCCACGGGGAGAUUACGGUUAGGGUUUUUGUUCACAAUGGCAGGAGAGCAAGCGAGGGUUCUGAGCAAUCCAGCGAUGAUGAUACGAUGCAGAGUUAGAAUAAAAGUUGCUUUAGUAAAAAUAAAAAAUUCUUUUUUUUUUCUUAUGAAUUUGUGGGAACGAGGAGGAAUAUUGUACAGGAUCUCAAAGAUUUCAAGGUUCAAAAUUAGUUUUAUAUAUUGUGGUAAUUCUCAUUUUA